AUGGUGAAACGAAAAGAUCCUCCAGGAGGAGGCAAAGACAGCCACGGACGCCAACCAAACAACACGCGCAACACCAAGCGCGCCAAAGUUCAAGCUGCCCGCACCAUUCGCACACAGCCCUCCGAUGCUGCGCUCGAAGAUGGCAAGCUCGAUUUGAACAGAUUCCUCAAUGCCCGCGAAUUCGAAAUCAAAUCCCUCGAAAGAAGCAUGAACAAAUGCAAGGCCGUCAAUGCCACCCGCGUUUUCCAGAUGGUGCCCCGCGCGAUGCGCCGGAGGACAGCAAGCCAUAAUGUUAAGAGAGUGCCAAAGAGACUGCGUGCGCAAGCGAGAAAGGAAAUGCUGGAAGACAAUACGCCGACGGUCGAGUCGAGGAAACGCAAGCCCCGCACAACCCGCGCCCGAAUACGCGCCGAGACGAUGAGGAAGCUACGAUAUUUGGCCGAGAAGAAAAGGAAGAGGAAGGCUAAGAAGGCCGGUGAUGGGGCGGUGGAGGAGGUGCAAAGGAGAGGAUCAGCUGUGGUAAUGACGAGACCUCCACGGCCAAAAAUACGACGGAACAUGCUAAACGAGCCACCGAAAGCCGACUCGAAAUACAGAAAACGCCAGAUUAACAAGACCUGGCUACCAACCCAUUUAUGGCAUGCGAAACGGGCCACGAUGACGAGGCCAAGCAGCCCCUUGUGGAGAUUUGCCAUUCCACUCACAUCGACGGCGAAGUGCUACCGACCAACACAUCGUGCUUCCGGGCAAAAGGGGGUGGUUGCGUGGGAUACCAGUUACAUGAGCACGAUAGGGGUUUAUGGAACGGCUGACUGUCUCGAGCGGGCGUUAAGGUAUCUGGGGUUGGUACAAGAGGGUCUUUGGAAUACGAGAGGCAAGAAAUGGAGGGCCGGUGUUCGGAAAUGGACAGGUACCGUCAGCAGGCAACAGAAGGGUUCGAGACGGGAUAUUGGUCCCGCGACGAUAGUCUGGAACCCACAACCGCCUGCGACAACUUCGGACGAGAUGGAGACGUCUGAGAAGCCCAAGAAGCCCCGGAGACAGAUUCUUAUUCGCACUCAUCCAUCUUGUUUCCUCGAAUUAUUUGAGGAGUUACUCAAGGUUGCAAAGGGCCAGAAGCCUCAACUUCACGUGGAGGACCUACGGUUCGAAGUCGGCAGCAUUGAGCUAGUUGGGCCGGCCUCUACGGAAACAUUGUUGGGAAUUCUUGAACCCUUUCACGAAUCACCAGAAGCGGCCGAACGCCAUGCUAAUGUCUUCCGGUCCCUCGCUGGAGUAGCAAAUCCGGCAUCUCUGCCCAAGGACGCAAUUCUUGCCUUUUCGGCCAGGGACCCACGUUUGUCUUAUCCCCCAAAGCGAGUCGAGAUUCCCAGCGGAGGCGAACAGACAAUCCUCAAGACACUCACAGAUUGGCCAGUCGAGGAAAACCUCAAGCCAUACGACAUAUUCGACCGAGAGAGCCGCUAUCAAGCUUCGAGAAUGCCAUCACAAAAGUCACUCAACCGCCGAAAAGGCGCGAAUGCUCCAGGAGAGCCUAUCAAGGUCACCGCAGCAGACCCCCCCAUUCCAGUCAUGUUGCUCGCCUCAAGACCUGGCACAGACGGUCAGGCCCAGGGUACGUGGACAUUACUCGCUCCGUGGAAAUGCAUCCAGCACAUUUGGUACUGCUUGAUGCAGUACCCUGUCAGCACAGGCGGGAACCCUCGGCUGGGAGGGCUUGAAGAGCAGAGACAAAUCGCUUUUGAGCACGGGACUCCAUGGUUCCCGGGGGAUUUCCCGGCAACGACUGCCGGCAUGAACUGGGAGCUGGAGGAGAGGGCCAAGAGGAGGGGGGAUUGGGAUCGACGACCAAAGAGCAAGAGAUUGGAAUGGAAGUCGCUCGAUCUCGGGGCGGGGAGAAAAGGCGAGAUCGGAGAUGGGUUGGCGUGUGAUUUUGAGUACCUGUUUGGGGUGUCAGCCCGAACCCGAACCCAGGGGAAACCUGACGCAGUGUCGAUCCCGGAUGCCGCCGCGGAAGCGAUGGUGGUUGAUCUACCUGCCGAGCAGCCGCAAUCUCCAGUCGGUAUGACGAUCAGGCAGGUGACGAAGACGGAGUUUAGCGCAUUGAUGAAAUCGGGAAGCGGGGAAGGGGUGGUGCCGGAGGGAGGGAUUGUUGCUGUUGGGUUGGAGUUUGUGACGAGGGGGGUUGCGAAGCCUUGUGCGAGGAUUUAUCGGCUGCCGAGGAAGGGGGGAAAGGUUGGAGGUGCGGUUGGCGUUCCGUCCACGCAGGCGGAGGUGCCUGCUACGCCUGAGGCGAGGACGAGGGACGGGUUGCCGGUUGACUUGAGCGAGCAAUGGCUUUCCAAGGUACCGAAUGGGGACAAGAAAAAGGGAGCUGCUGUUCCAAGGAUGCCGGUUGGGGUGGAUAUGGAGACCAGGAAGAAGAUUUUGGCCGGGUCACUUUUGGCUGUGGAGGUUCCCUAUCCCAAGCCCGCCGCGGGUAAUCAGACGGAUUUUGGGGGUCACCCGCUUUGUCCUGGGGAGGAGGACUUGAUUGGGUUUGUGACUACGGGCGCGUUCAGCCUCAGCGAGGGAAGGGGGACGGCGAUUGGGUCGAUUUCGGCGAGGAGGGCGCUCGAGACGUUGAGGGAGACGGGGCCCCGGGAGGGGAAGUUUUGUGUGGUUAGGAACGCGGGUGAGAGUAUAGGUUGGUUGGCGAGGUGGGAGGUUGUUUGA